AAGCGGACGUGAUGCCUUAGCUCCCGGCUGGGGAAGGAGGUGGGAGUGCGCGCUUCCUGCUGAGUGCAGUUGUGUCAGGCAGAGGGAGGCGGAGGUGGAGGUGGGAGAUUGUCUGACACCCCGGAGAGGCGCAACCUCAGCGAUGGAUAUGGAGAAGGAAUUCCACGAGGCGGAUAGGAACAGUAGCUGGGGUUCUAAGUAUCAGGAAAUCCGAAAUCAAGCCAGUGACUUUCCAUGCAAAGUGGCCCGGCUACAAGAGAAUAAAGCCCGCAACCGCUACAGAGACGUCAGUCCUUUUGACCACAGUCGAAUAAAGCUGCACCGGGAGGACAAUGACUAUAUUAACGCCAGUCUUAUCAAGAUGGAAGAGGCACAAAGGAGCUACAUUCUUACCCAGGGGCCUUUGCCAAAUACCUGUGGUCAUUUCUGGGAGAUGGUUUGGGAACAGAAGAGCAUAGGAGUGGUGAUGCUCAACAGAGUCAUUGAAAAGGGAUCAAUCAAGUGCGCUCAGUACUGGCCAAAGAAAGAAGACAACUCCAUGGUGUUCGACGACUCAGACUUGAAGUUAACGUUACUCUCAGAAGACAUCAAAUCCUAUUACACAAUACGACAACUCAGGCUGGAAAAUCUCAGUACACAAGAAACCCGUGAAAUCCUGCACUUUCAUUACACCACGUGGCCUGAUUUCGGAGUCCCCGAGUCGCCCGCAUCAUUCCUUAACUUCCUGCUUAAAGUCAGAGAAUCCGGCUCCCUCAACCCCGAACAUGGACCCAUCGUGGUGCACUGCAGCGCUGGUAUCGGCAGAUCUGGUACAUUCUGUUUGGCAGAUACUUGUUUACUUUUGAUGGACAAAAGAAAAGACCCAUCUUCGGUGGAUAUUAAACAAGUUCUCCUAGAAAUGCGGAAUUACCGAAUGGGACUCAUACAGACGGCCGACCAAUUGCGUUUCUCGUAUCUCGCUGUCACCGAGGGGGCAAAGUUCAUAAUGGGAGAUUCUUCCGUGCAGGAACAAUGGAAGGAGCUUUCCAAUGAAGACUUGGAUCCUCCACCUGAACACACACCCCCUCCCCCCAGGCCCCCAAAACGGACCACUGAGAUGCCCAACGGCAAAGUCUACGAGCAGUCGAAAUUCUUCCCACAACAAAUAGUAGAGGAAGUGAUCAGACGCGCGGUCAGCGUAGUAGAAGAGUCUGCACCCGACGGCACAAUGUCAUCUCCUCCGCAACCUGCAGAAAGCCCUCGUCCUGACACUGAAAUCCGAAGAAGGGCCAUCGAUGACCAAGUCCACUCCGACCCCAGCCCCGGGGAGAAGCUCCAAUCAGAAAGCGAAGACAAUAACCAGAGUCCAGAAUGGAAGUCGUUUGUGAUGAACGUUUGUGUGUUUGCUGUUGUCACAGCGGGGGCCUGUCUCCUCUACAGGGUCUGGUAUCAUUAAUGGACAUUUCGGCAAGGACUCCCCCCCCGACCCCCCCACACACACACAGUCUUUGACUUGUCUCUAAUUCAGUCGGUAAUUGGAAGAAGCUAAAAAAGCCAGAGCUCAGCUGAUGUUCAGUUUGGCCACUUUGAGCUUUAAAGGCUGGAACGUCGCUGGGGCUUCUGUGAGAGCCGGUGCACUAGGGGGUCGCCCAAAGCUCCCGAAAAAUAAUGCUGAAAUCUCAGGGCCAUCGAUCUAUUCAGGAGUAAGCAGAAAACAAAACGCCAAAUAUUUUUUUCUUUUUUGGGAAUAAAAAUAGCGGUAUUACAACACAUUGUUGUUUUAUAACUUUUUUUUAAGACUUUAGAACCUUAACAUUUUUAUUUGCGUUACUAUAUUUUACAAAAAAAAAAGCGAAAACUGUACGCUCGUCUUUAUACGUCCUGCACCCCAAUCCCAGGUUUCUGUAUAGAACUCGCCCCCGGCUCUUUAAUGACAAAUCGAUCGAAUGUAUUUCUUCUGCUCAGGGCUGUCUGUAGGGCUUACAACUCCCAGCACCCCGCCCAUUAUUCCGUCCCUUGCCCCGCCCCCCACUUCUAAAGACAGCCCUGCUCUGUUUGUAUUUUGUAUACGUUGUGACUGUGGACAGAGAAGGCCAAUGAAGGUGAAUAUUUCUCUUUUUUUGUUUUUUAACUUUAUUCUGGAGAUGAUGAGACAAAGACUUGCUUUGUGGCCUGUGGUUGCCAUUUAUUCUCUAUAUAACAACUGUUACAAUAUCUUUGUCAUUUCUAUACCUUUGUAGGAACAGCUUCUUCAUUUGCUCAGGGUAGUCCAGCAGUACCUGUUGUUUUUGUUUUUUUUCCCCCAUUUUCGUUUUCUAAAUCUGUCGCCCGUUGGACAUUUCUCACCCUUUAUUGUACUGACUGAUGAAUUCUAUUCUGGUGCAAACAAUAUGCUACGAAUAAACGGAACUUAAAACCGA